AUGAGCACGGAUUUAUCGAGGAAGAAAAAGUUAAGAGGGGCUCAUCGAGCGUCCGCCACACGACUUCAAAAGACGGUGAGUGAAGUACUUGUUUCUUUUGACCCAAAUAAUCUGGAAGAAAUUGUGCCCAAACUGAAUCAACUUAAAACUAGCAUGAAAGAAAAACUUGAAACUUUAAAGGUCCUUGGUGAGGAAAUUCUUGAACUAGUUGAUGAAGCUAAUAUUGAAGAAGAAAUAGAACAGUGCGAUAUUUGUAGAGAAGGCUUACAGUUGGCUUUAGAAAAUGUAGAAAGAGCACUUAAUACCUCCAGCAUGUCUAGUUUAGCUGUGUUAUCGAGUGUGACUGUAAAUACAACAAGUAACACCCCACCAGUACCCAGUCAAGCCUCCACAUCACCUCAAGGUUCUAGUGCUAGCACUGCAAGCACGUCGUUACUACAGAAUCAAUAUUCAAGUCAGCUUGAUACAUCAAAUGAAAAUGGAAUGCCAAAUUUGGGUCAGCCUUCUAUGUCAACUGUGAAUCAACCCCAACCAGUAGAGCAUCCUACCAUACCACCUGCAUCACCCGAUAACCCUGGGGGGCAUCCAGCUGUCCAACCAAUCAAUCAUGUAGCACAAGUAAAAUUGCCAAAAUUAAUCCUUAAAAGGUUUUCUGGGGAUCCUAGUCAAUGGAACCCAUUCUGGGAUACAUUUGAAGCCUCUAUCCACAACAAUCCCUCCUUAGCACCGAUUGAUAAAUUCAAUUAUCUCAAGUCUUUCAUGGAUGGAGCUGCUGCUGAAUCCAUUGCUGGAUUGUCUUUAACAACUAAUGCUAAUUAUGAAGAGGCAAUUGUUAUUUUGAAAUCAAGGUUUGGGAACAAACAGCAAAUUAUAAAUCGACAUAUGGCUAUUCUGUUAAAUCUUCCAUCAGUUAAUUCUGAAAACAACCUGAAGGGCUUGCGCCAACUUCAUGAUACGGUGCAAUCACACAUUAGAAGCUUGAAAUCUAUGGGAGUAGCCCCUGAAUCGUAUGGUAGCCUUCUUUCUUCAAUGUUAAUUUCCAAGCUACCAACAAAUCUACAGCUGGUUGUUAGCAGAGUGGUUAAGGAAAACGAAUGGAAUUUGGACAAACUAUUAAAUACCUUGCAGCAAGAGUUAGAAGCCAGGGAGAGAAUUAAGGUACCUGCAACCAACAAGGAUUUUAAGAAAUAUCACGGUUCAGCCUCAGCAUUGAUGGCCGGUAAUAAUCCAAGUUGUACUUACUGCAGGGGGCCUUACCCAUCAAAGGACUGUACAACUGUGACUAGUCCUGCUGCUCGUCAAGAUAUUUUACGGAAGACGGGGAGAUGUUUUGUGUGCCUAAGAAAGGAUCAUAUCAGUCCAAGUUGCAAGUCAACAACACGGUGCUACUCGUGUAAGGGGCGACAUCAUGUUAGCAUAUGUAAGGGUACGAAGCCACCUCCACCACCUCCUAGGGACCCUCCUGAGGAACAUGGGCAAAGCGGAUCCAACAAGUCAAAGGAAAGUCCUAGUUUUGGAACCCAUCCUGACGCAACUGUCUGUCACACGACCUCAUCGAACUGUGUCCUUCUCCAAACCGCAAGAGCAAAUUUAUAUAACCCAGAUAAUCCUAAUGGUCCCAAGGUCAAAGCGAGACUAAUCCUGGAUGGCGGCAGUCAGUGCUCGUACGUCAGCAGAGCACUGACGGGAACUCUCGGUCAACCUCGUACCCAGGGCUAGUCGCGAAUUGAAGGCGGCGACGUAGCCCUGGUAAACGCUGGUCACGUGUCAGGCAAAUACUCCAAGAUUCUUGGAGUAUUAGCCUGCGAGCGGGCUUUGUGGAAAUAAAGACGGGGGCGACGAAAAGUUCACGAAUGGAACUUGAAUUGCCGCGGAUUAUUUAUAUUCUUUUAUUUUUUGUUGUAAUCUUUCUUCUUAAUAUGUUACGUUUAUAUAUUACGUCGAAUGUACAUCUUCUUUUAUGUAAAUCGCCGAGGAGGCGAUGUUUCGAAUUUCGAAGCAGUGAAAAUGGAGCCAUUCUCGUACCUACUAUUUGUGAUGAUUUCCAUCAAGUAUAAAAUGUUUAGAAGUAUUUCAUUGUUACAAAUUAUUUAGCAGAUUCCCAUUAUUUGUUACAUUGUCUAGCUCUAUGAAAUAUAUAUUUCGAAGGCUAUUUACUGUAAUAUAUUUUAUACAGUAUGUUAAUAUAGUCAGCUGAAUUUGUACAAUUGUAGUUAAAUAUUGUGAAUAUUGAGAAACACAUGGCCAGACUAUGGCCUAUAAUACUAUACUCGGACUCUCAAGUAAAGUUCUACUCUCACAUGAUUAUUAUUUACAAUAUUGAUUUAUCGCUGUGAGAAACGUGUUUACACUUUAAUACAGUAUUAUUAAACUACAUUUUACAGCAGUAUUAACUUCAAAUACUUUGUAUUUAUAUUUACAGUAAUGACCUGAAAUUAUUUAAAUGAGCCAUUACUGUAAUAACAGAGUGGCCAGGUUAACAAAGCUAAAAUCUGAUGAACCUAACCUGCUAGGAUAUUUCAAUAGUCAAACAUCAGUUUCAGCACUCCAGCUGAUCAGGGAUUUUUUAGGGAAAAGUUUUAGCACCUCAUUGUAAAACCUGCCUCCAAAUCUCAAAAUUUCAUUAUUUUGUUCCCUUGCCCCUAUAAUCUAUAUUUAUACCUUUUGUGCCCUUGAGAUCUUUAAAAAAAAUGCCUAACUCUGCAGUAUGACGUGUAACCUUGUUGCGAUAUUUAUUUUUUGACUUCAGACUUCAAUAAAUUUCUACUCUAAUACCUGACAGAGAUGGGGUCCAUAUGUAUGAACAAUAAGAAAUGAUUUCUUCAUCUAUUAUUGACCCAUUACCUUUCACCCAAUUUUAAAAUUAAAUUUACUGAAUGAUUUUGAAGUUUUCUAGAUUAUUGAAAAGAACUUUAUGGGUACAAGAAAUGGGGCAAAAACAGUUGAAUUAAGCAAGAUGCAAGUAACAAUGAACAAGACCGGGUCACUGGAUGGUAUUUCAGCACACUGGUGGACAUGCAACCUAAUACCUGCAACCUGUGUGACAUUUGUUUAUAUAGUUUUACACUGUACUGGAAAAACAAUGUCAAGGAACUUGUAGAGAUUCAGAAUGCACACUUCAUGGUUUAUUCAAUCACCAGCAUGCAUGAAUCAUUUUAUGUUAUGAAUUAACUUUUUUUUAAAAAUUAUUCUCACUUUAUAGAUAAAAUUAUAUCAAUUUUUAAUAUCAUAAAUGAAUAUAUAGUAGCUUUUGAUUAAACAAGUUAUAAUAAAUAAUAUAUCAGCAAAUAAUGACUGGUCUCUCUGAAAUCCAUAUAGAAAGGUUCAAAUUUGACUUCCACUACCACUACUUGAUCUGGCAGUUGCAUCUGAUUGUUUGAUUGGAUAAAUGAAACUUAUCUGGUUAAUAGUUAAUGUCUUAAUGAUAGCAAUAGCAGUAGUGGAAGUCAAAUCUGAUCUCUCUAUUAUUUUUUGAAGGUUUGCUCUAGUCACGUCAAUUCAGGGUUGCCCAUGCAACUUGGUUAGCACAGCUAGCUCUUCAAGUUGGAGGUCCAAUUCUUAGGAUUCUGCAAAUUAAUUCUAGAAAACUGGCUUUGGUAUGGGCUAAGCAAAAAUCAUCACACUGUUUAUCAUGCUGAUUUGGUUGUUUAACAGUUAAAGUCCAGGCUGCAUGUUCUUUUAUCCUGCAUAUGGCAGAUGGGACAGUCUGGUUUCCAAGUGUUUAUGUGGGGAAUUAAUAUUAGUCAGGACUGGCUUCUGAGUGAAAGUCUUGCCUGCUUUAUGUGAGAGCAGACUCUGUGCGAGAUUCCAAUUGCUACACAGCAUGAUCUCAGUGCUCUUCCUCUGAAACAAUGCUUGUUUGCGAUAUCAUCCAGCAAGUGCAAAAAUGCACUACCACGGUCAAGGAUCAUUUGGCAUGUUCAUCGACUAUGUUAACCCGUUGAGUGGCGCCAUGCACUCUCCACCUGAUGAGUAAAAUUGUCUGGUGUUAGGCAGAGUAAACUAACAGAGUAGGGUGCAUUGGGCCAUUCCAUUUAAUGUAUACACCCCCCUAUGGACGAGUUCAAUAAAAUUUGAACCCCUAAGAAGAAAAAAAUCAAAGUGCCGACACCAACACCCCCCCCCCCAGAAAUUAAGAAAUUUUUGCCUUAUCCCUCAGAAAAAAUGCAAAGAUCAAAGGAUGCUGAUGCACACAACCCCUCAGAAAUGGCUUUUUCAAUCCCCUCAGAAAUUCUAGUCCAUAGGGGGGGGUGGGUGUAUAUCAAAUGGAUGGCCCAUUGCCACUUAAAGGGUUAAAAACGUAAAUACCACAGCACAACACUUGUACAUAUACAUAUACAAGUAAUACAACAGCAAUCCUUUUAUAUAUAUUUAAUAGUCAUAUUUACAUAUUGGUGAAAUGUCAAUGUCCAUAUAUUAGGGAUGUCCAUUGUCCAUGAACUUGUCCCAAGUUUGAAACUAAUGUAUUCAUAUCUUUUGUAUAAGUUGUCCCUCUACAAACCAACUUUUAGUCAUUAUACAAGAGUUGGAUUUGCAUUCAUUUGCUUCGCAAGUCGCAACAAACUGAACAAAGUACUAUUCCAUAAACCUGUGCAAAUAAUGAUCGAGCGUCUUUGGCGACAUAUAUCCAAGUCUUUUAACGUCUCAUUGGAACAAAUCUCACUGAGUUUUUUCUACAGAAAGUAUUGAUCCAUUUGAUCAAUCGCCGUACUUUGAGAAAAGCUUGAAGUGCAAAAUUCACAAGGAAGAUUGAAGAAUUUCGGAGAUAAAAACUGUUUGUCUUCGAGUUUCACCUAUUCACCCCCCGGUUGAGAAAAGUAACAAUUAUGUAAUGUUGGAGUCACGUGACCAGCGUUUAUCAGGGCUAUGUCGCCGCUUUCAAUUCGCGACUAGCCCUGGGUACGAGGUUGACUCUCGGUCUGCAGUCAAAGUGUCAAAGGUCGGUAAACAUAAAACAUUUGGCUCUAGCGAAACUAAUGCUCAAGUUAUUGAUGUGGUGAAUCUUGGAAUAGAAACUGCCUAUGGAGCAAAUAUUGAAAUGUUAGCAUUUAAUGUGCCAUUAAUUUGUCAGCCAUUAAAGAACCAAUUCGUGUCAAAUGCUAGCAAGACCUACCCUCAUCUCGCCAACCUCCACCUAGCUGAUUACUCAUCUGGGCAACACGAUGCGAAAGUGGAUAUCCUGAUCGGUUCAGAUCAUUACUGGAAGAUCGUGACCGGGAAAACCAGACAAGGAGAUAGUGGUCCGACUGCCAUUCAAACGAGGCUUGGUUGGGUUCUCUCUGGGCCUGUUGGAAACGAACCGCGGCAAUUAACCCACACCAGCAAUCUUGCUACAAUCCACACCCUCAAAUGUGCCUCCGAAGAAGUUGAGUGUAAGAAUGAUGUACUUGUACAAGAACUGAAGAGAUUUUGGGACUUAGAAACUCUCGGUAUUCAACCACAGUGUGUGUACGAAGAAUUCCUAGAAAGUAUUAAGUAUGAAAAUAAUCAUUAUGUGGUCAAUUUGCCAUGGAAACCUGAUCAUGCUGAACUGCCUGAUAACUAUGAUCUUAGCAAGAAACGUCUAUUAGGGUUGCUGAAGCGACUGCGUAAUGAGCCAGAAGUCCUUAAGGAAUAUGACAAUGUGAUAAGAGAUCAGCUUAACAAAGGAAUCGUGGAGUCUGUGCCCGAACCAAAUGAAGGAGCCAAGAGAGUGCACUAUUUACCUCAUCACGCAGUUAUCCGUCAGGAUAAGGCAACAACCAAAUUGCGAGUAGUGUACGACGCCUCGGCGAAGUCAAGAGGACCUUCGCUUAAUGACUGUCUGUAUAGUGGUCCCUCGCUGACUCAGAACAUUGUUGACAUCAUCCUAAGGUUCGGUGCAUACAAGGUGGCCUUAACGGGAGAUAUCGAGAAGGCCUUUCUCAUGAUUCAUGUAGCAGAGUCUGAUAGGGAUGCAUUGAGAUUUCUGUGGUUCGAUGAUAUACACAGCCCAAACCCUAAGAUUAUCCCAAUUCGAUUCACCAGAGUAGUGUUUGGCGUGUCCUCCAGUCCUUUUCUACUAAACGCCACAGUCAAACACCACAUCGAGCAAUACCUGGAAGAUGACCCUAGUUUCGUGGAAGCUGUUCUGAAUUCGAUCUAUGUGGAUGAUCUUAUUUCCGGAGGUGAAAAUGUGGACAAUGCAUUCAAACUCUAUGAAGAUUCAAGGAGCCGAUUGGCAAAGGCUAACUUCAAUUUGCGAAAGAUUACCACGAACUCUAAAGAACUCCAAGAGCGUAUAUGCCAAACCAACCAACUAGUGACAGUGAACAAUGCAUCUGACGGAAGUAACAUGGCCAGAGCUGAUCGCAACAAGUCCCAGCAGUUGGUUCAGGAGGAGCAGCCAUCUUACACCGGAAGUACGUUGGGUCCUCCCCUUCCAGCAAGCGAUGACAAGCAGAAAAUUCUGGGAAUCUUAUGGGAUUCUUACGAGGACAAUCUUAUUAUUGAUAUCAAGGAUGUUGAAGAUUUGGCGCAGAUAGUUCAAGCUGCGAAGAGAAAUAUGAUCAGUGUUUCUUCCAAGAUUUAUGAUCCUAUGGGGUUUAUAUCCCCAUUGACAAUCAAUUUCAAGCUGUUGUUUCAAGAACUUUGUCUGGCGAAGGGUGACUGGGACCAUCCACUUGAAGGAACACUGAAAUGCAAUUGGCAGAAAUUAGUUGAUAACCUAAAGGACGUCCAACCUGUUGUUAUUCCGAGAUGCUAUAUUUCUGACAUACACGAGCAAGUUGUAUCCUACCAGUUUCACGGGUUUUGCGAUGCCUCUAUCAAAGCAUAUGCUGCCGUAAUAUACCUCAGAAUCAUCACACCAAAUGCCUCUUAUGUCCAGUUGGUGAUAUCGAAGGCAAGAGUGGCACCCUUGACUAAACAAACGAUCCCAAGGUUGGAGUUACUGUCAGCGCUCGUGCUUGCCAGAUUAAUGAACGUUACUCAGAAAGCCCUGAAGUCUGUGAUUGAAAUCUCGAAGGUGCAAUGCUGGACGAAUUCUAAGGUUGCAUUAUAUUGGAUUACGCAGCAAGAGAAGGAAUGGAAACAAUACGUACAGAGUCGAGUGGAGGAGAUUAGAGCGCUGGUUCCUGUAGAGUAUUGGAGUCACUGCCCAGGUGUAGAAAACCCCGCAGACAUUCCGUCACGUGAUAUCCUGCCUACUCAACUAGCAUCAUCUACAUUGUGGUGGUCUGGCCCAAAAUGGUUGUCCGCCACAGAGAUCCCUGCUAAAGAGAACAUUGAUAACGAUGUUGUACCUGAAGAGUGUCGAAUUGAGAUGAAGGUCAAGGACCAGAGAGCUUUAGACAAAGAGACACUUUCAACGAUGAUAGUGCAUGGAUCGAAAGAUUCCAUAAGCAAUGUUAUUAACUGUAAGGACUACAGUAGCCUGGGUCGUUUGCUAAGAGUAACGGCUGUUGUCUUGAAGUUCAUCAAGCUACUAAAAUCGAGAGUUAAACAGGAAGAUCCUCCAACAAACUCGGAAGUUACAAGCACCGACAUCGAAUUAGCUCGAGUUCUAUGGAUCAAGGGACUGCAGGAAGAAAUGAAGUUGAACGAGAAAUUCAAAUCCUGGAACCGAGACCUCGGCCUGUUCACUGAUGAAAAUGGAACCGUCCGAUGUAAGGGACGACUAUCUAACUCGAACUUGCCAUAUUCAGCGAAGUAUCCAAUCCUGUUAGAUACGGCUCAUUACCUUACCACGCUAAUCGUACGGGAUUGUCAGGAGCGGGUAAUGCAUGGGGGAGUAAAGGCAACAUUGACAGAACUUCGAUCGAAAUUCUGGUUAGUCCGUGGAAGGAACUUUGUAAGAAAACUCCUCUUCAAUUGUGUCACCUGCAAGAAGCAAGAUGGUAGAGCAUGCAAGGCACUUAACUCUCCGCCAUUGCCGGAGUUUAGAGUAAAGGAAGCAUCACCGUUUACAUACGUUGGCUUAGACUACGUCGGUCCUUUAUAUGUGAAAUCUACGAACGAUUUAGACGAGAAAGCAUCGAUUUAUUUGAUUACCUGCUGUGUUUCUAGAGCGGUACACCUUGAAGUUGUUCCCAACAUAACAUCACAAGCCUUCCUGAGGAGUUUUAGGAGAUUUACGUCACGACGUUCGACGCCAUUGCUUGUCGUUUCGGACAACGCGAAAACCUUUAAGGCUGCGUCCAAAGAGUUAAUGACACUCAUGCAUGAUCCUCAAGUGAAGAAAUAUUUCUUGCAGCAACGAAUGCAGUGGUCGUUAAAGCCCCGUGGUGGGGAGGUUUCUUUGAGCGGCUUGUGGGAUCAUUGAAACGAUGUUUGAAGAAAACCAUCGGAAAGGCAAGAUUGUCUUAUGACGAGCUAGUUACAGCUGUCACGGAAGCAGAAUCGAUCCUGAACAGUCGACCCUUGUCCUAUGUAUCCUCCGAGGACGUCGAGGAACCCCUCACCCCAGCCCAUCUUCUGAGCGGAAGACGGAUCCUGAGUUUAUCUGAUCGUCAUCAAGAGAACCCUGAAGAUGAAGAUUUUCAAGUCGACCUAUCGACGAAUGACCUCAACAAACGAGUUCGCUAUCUAAAUGACAUUAUUGAACACUUUUGGCGAAGAUGGCGGAACGAGUAUUUGGUAGAGCUGAGAAAUGCACAUAAGAGUCCUAAGAAAACAGUAGAGAAAUCUUCUGUGGAAGUUGGAGAUAUAGUACUAGUUCACGACGAGAACCAUCCGCGUAGUUUCUGGAGAAUUGGAAGAAUAAAGGAACUUGUCAAUAGCACGGCUGAUGGGAAAUCGAGAGGUGCAGUUGUACAAAUCAUGAGCAAGAAAGGGAAAGUUACUACAUUAAGGCGUCCAUUACAGCUGUUAUAUCCUAUGGAGAUUAACUGUAAACUUGCGAAAGAAGAAGUACAAUUGGAACAAGAGAAUCGUGCUCAGGAGUCAACUGAAUCCGAAAGACCAAGAAGAAGAGCGGCGAUCGAAGGUGAACUGUUGAUAAGACAUUGGAUUAAGGACAUGAAGCAGGUUUAG